UCGUAUUGUCUUACCCGUCGAACCCGCAUAGAGCGCAACGCCACAUUUCUCGUACAAGCAUUCUGUCCCCCCUGAGCGGCUCUCCGGAGUUUCGCCUGUUCAUUUUCCUGAUGCGGUAAAGCUCAGGCACAAAGUGGAUUACUAACGGUCGCGGCCAAGCCUCUCCCGGAAGUAAGUAAACAUGACAUCAGAGAAUGGAGAAUACGAGGAAAACAGGAACAGGUGAUUUAUUUUGGGGAUUGGAUUGUUCGUUGCGGUCCGACGUUACAUUUCUGUUUUGCCGCUGCAUGGUAGUGGAGCUCUGGAGAUAGUCAACUCAACUAUCAACAUCCAAUUCCCCGAACUCAUACACUAAUAAACCAACAACACUCGCUUCAUAUUCUCUCACACCCAAACAAACCCAUCAAAAUGCACUACCAAACCCUCCUCCUCGCCACCCUGGCAUCCACCACCCUCGCCAACCCCCUCCUCACCUCCCGCCAAUCCAGCACCUGCGACCAACAACGUCUAACCUGCGGCGCCGCCCCAGGCGCAAAUCAAUCCCUCUGCGCCUCCCAAAAGUCCGCCUGCGACGCCUGUGAAGCCGCCUACGAAGCCUACAUCACUUCCCCCAACUCCAACAAAUCACUCGCCGCAUCCCUCCGCAACGAAUGUUUCGCCGCCUCAACCGUCGGAGAUGGAACGGGUGUUAGUGCUAUAAUCUCCAGCUUGACUGUUGCGGGAACUACGCCGACUUCGACAGCUUCUGUGGUGGUUUCUACGGCUGCUUCGGCGCCUGCUACUACUACCACUGCGGCGGGAACUUGUGAUCAGCAGAGACUGGAGUGUGGAUCUGCUCCUGGUGCUAACCAGUCACUGUGUGCUGUUCAGAAGAACUCUUGUGAUGCCUGUGAGGCUGCUUAUGAGGCUUAUGUUACCUCUCCAGGGUCCAACAAGUCUUUCGCUGCGUCUUUGAGAGCUGAGUGUUUCGCUGCUUCGAAGCAGGGAACUGGUGAGGCUGUUGCUCCAAUUAUCAGCUCUUUCAGUGCUGCUCAAGCGGGUGGUGCUACUGCUACUUCUUCUACCGGUAUGUUCAACUUCUCUUGAGGAAUGAUUUUGGAAACGUUUGCUAAUGAGGAUUAUAGGAGGUUCUUCAUACCCCGUUGCAUCGACCACGGCGUCUUACCCAGCGUCCACAGCUACCACUACUCUCAUCAAUCCAGUCAUUACAUCUUCUCACCCAGCCGCAACCCACUCAACUGGUUCAGGUGCUGGCAAUGUCACUGCCGUUCCCUCUCCUGUACCAACCACUGUUGAUGGUGCUGCUGGUGCAUUGAAGCCAUUUGGAGUUAUGGGACUGUUGUUAUUGGGUGCUGCCAUGGUUUUGUAGACAAUGUGGCGAUGAAUUUGGGUUAUGAGGAGCUGUAUCUGUAGUUGUAGACAUUUUUCCGAAGUGAUAAUUUUGAGAUGGAGUGGGGAAUUCUUGAACCUAGCAAUAAUAUUCAAAGAGAUUUUGAAAGUGUCUCCCUACACUUGAUA